UGGAUGUUGAAGUUGCUGCGCUUGUUUGUUUAUGUUGUGUACUAAACGUCGGCAACCCAAUUGAUGCUCGCAAUAUGUCAGCUACUGACCAAAUCCGUGCCCUUCUGGAUGAAUAUAUGGGAACAACCCGAAAUGGUGUUCAUGAAUGUGUUUGUGCGGUUGAAUGUCAAUUCAUGUAAGUAAAGGGUCUGAGGGUUAUUUGAUGGUUUAGAUGUUAAAUGUAAAUGCGUUAAUUUUUCCUAUUCUAUGAAAAUUGUUGACCGCAUAUACUGGUAACGCCUAUUUAGGACAAGAACCAAGGAUAGAGUUUGAUAAUCCUCGCGUCUGUAAAAGUUAUCUACUGGAUUGUUGUCCAAAUGAAAUAUUGUCGGGAACGGUAGGUCUUUGAUUUUUUUAACCAUGUUUAGCGAAUGGACUUGGGAAACUGCCUUUUCAUACAUGAUCCUGCUCAUAAGGCAGAUUAUCGCAAAGAACCAGACACGAAGAAAUUCCAGUAUGAGCUCGAUGCACUAGAGCAUUUAGAGGCUUUCAUUCGGGACUGCGACCAACGUACGGAUGUUGCGAAGGCAAAGCUGCGGGAGACACAGGAAGAAUUAACAGAUGAAGCUUCACAAAAGGCUGAACAUAUAAACCAACUAAGCGAGCAAAUAGGAACAAAGUUAGCUAAGGCUGAACAGCUUGGCGCAGAUGGCCAUGUUGAAGAAUCUUUGAAACUUAUGAAGGAGGUUGAAGAAUUAAACUUAGAAAAAGCUAAAAGUGAAGCAGAUUUGCGGACUGCAAUACCAACAAGCACUUAUCAGCAACAGAAGCUCCGUGUCUGUGAGGUUUGUUCUGCUUAUCUUGGUGUGCACGACAAUGAUCGUCGACUCGCAGACCAUUUUGGAGGAAAAUUGCAUCUGGGUUUCAUUGAGAUUCGGCAAAAAUUAGCUGAGUUGAGGCAGUAUGUGAGCGAAAAUCAUAUUGUUCGUAGGCGCAGGUUUGAAGGGUACAACAGAUCCAUUUUUAUCACAGUGGAGGAGAGACGUGAAAAAGAGCGUAUUCGCGAACGCGAACGUGAGCUUGAAAAAAGUGAACGUCGACAGAAAUCCAGAAGUCGGAGUCGUUCACGGAGUCAUUCUCAUAGUCGGAGGCAUAGUCGUCACCGUAAUGGAAAACAUUCCCACAGAAGUAGAAAACGACACCAUCGUUCUUCCAAUCGAAAAAGUGAAGAUCGUCACUGACAGAUAUUUUAACACUUGUAUAAUAUUAUCUCCGAUUCCUAACCUGUAUUUAUUUUUUGUUCUUUAAUGCAUCGUCCCAGUAAACUUGUUUCUGUGAUUUGCAUUCAGUUUUGUUUUAUAAAUUGAAUGUUUUACAUUACCCACUUAAAAUAUUUUACCAUUCGGUGUUUAUCAUCAUCGCAAAAAUAACAACCUAUGUAAUCGAAUACUCGUAUAAACCAAUGUAGUUUGAUUAAAAGACUACUCAAGUAAUACGCCAAUUCUGUGACGUGAUCAGUUUGUGGGGCCUGUUUAGUCCUGAAACCGCCGUUACUUUUUUUCUGAGCUACAGAUAGGACCAAUGAUGUGUUUAGCAAGUGUCUAGUACACCGUGUGAUAUAACCAUGUACAGACUUAUCCCCUUAACCUUGUAUCAGGAGCAAGUAUACGACUAGGCUGUCUGAAGUGGG